CUGCCAAAUCCUCACCAGCUAAUGAACCACCGAGUAGGAUUUCUGAUGCAGAGUAAAACCCACUCACUGCCCCAACCUUUUCAACACGUCCUUUCCCAGUCCUGAGACGACAGAGAUGAUUUCGUUUUGUUCUGGCUAAAGGCAGAAAAGGGGGGCAAAGGAGAGGAGACAGAAGCUAGUGCAUGCUGGGUGGUGCAUGCUGGAAUUGAUUGAUUUCAUUUAAGUCUUCAUUCGACUCCCGGCAACAGCGAGAAAGUAGGCCAUGGAUAUUGGUGGUUUGGAGACGGUAGUGGCAAACUCUGCCUACGUGUCCGCCCGUGGCAGCGUGGAUGGAGCUGCAGCAGUCGCCAUGCGCGACAAGAAGAUGCGCGCCAGGCUGAAACUCCCACACAUCAGAGACUGUGAACACAUGAAGACGAGUGUAGACUCGGACUUUGACAGCAUGUGUGUCAAACAACCCAUCGGCAAGCGCCUCUUCCAGCAGUUUCUGGAGAGCGAUGCAACCCAUAAAAAUGCUGGAGAGCUGUGGAAAGACAUCGAAGACUACACCAUAUCCCAAGAGAAGGACAGAACGCAGAAGGCCCAGAAGAUGGUCAACAAGUACUAUGAGUCGGCCUCAAAGGGUUUUUGCAGCUUCCUCGAAGAGAAGGCCAUCACUCGAGUUAAAGAAGACUUCAAGAAUGUUCCUGGCGACCUGUUUAAAGAGAGCGAGCAGCAGCUGCUCAAACAUCUGGAAAAGAAGGCCAAAGAUGGCUUCAAGAACAGCAUGCAAUUCCUGCGUUAUGUUCAGUUCAAAUGGUUGGAGAGCCAGCAUGUCGAUGAGGAGUGGUUCACGGAUUUCAGGGUCCUGGGUAAAGGGGGUUUUGGGGAAGUGUUUGCUUGCCAGGCUAAGGCGACAGGCAAAAUGUAUGCCAACAAGAAACUGGAGAAAAAGAGGCUUAAGAAACGCAAAGGCUACCAGGGUGCAAUCGUGGAGAAGCGCAUCCUUGCAAAAGUUCACAGUCGCUUCAUCGUGACACUGGCUUACGCUUUCCAGACCAAGACUGACCUCUGCCUAGUUAUGACCAUCAUGAAUGGCGGAGACCUCAGGUAUCAUAUGUAUAAUGUGGAUGAGAAAAAUCCCGGCUUCAAUGAGACCAGAGCAUGUUUCUACACGGCUCAGAUCAUCUGUGGUGUGGAGCAUCUUCACCAGCACAGAAUCAUCUACAGAGACUUGAAACCAGAGAAUGUACUGCUCGAUGAUGCAGGACACGUCCGUCUGUCAGAUUUGGGUCUGGCUGUUGAACUCCCACCAGGAAAAGACAAAACAACUGGAUAUGCUGGGACUCCAGGUUUCAUGGCGCCGGAGCUGCUCCAGAAGAAGGAGUACGACUACUCUGUGGACUAUUUUACGCUGGGAGUCACCCUGUAUGAGAUGAUGGCUGCCAAAGGGCCCUUUAGAGUGAGAGGAGAGAAGGUUGAGAAUGAAGAGGUCGCUCGCAGGAUUAUCAAUGAUCCAGCCUCGUACACAGAUAAAUUCAGCAACAAAUGCAAGGAUAUUUGUGAAGGCCUGUUGCAUAAGGACCCAGCCAAACGUCUUGGGUUCAAAAAUAAUGAGUGCACAGAGCUCAAGAAUCAGCCCUUCUUCAGUGAGAUUAAUUGGGGUCGCCUGGAAGCAGGCAUGCUACCUCCACCAUUUGUCCCCGAUCCCAAGAUGGUCUACGCCAAAGACAUCGACGAUGUAGGAGUCUUCAGCUCAAUCAAGGGCGUGGUCAUAGACAACAAGGAUACUGAGUUCUACAAUGACUUUGCUUCAGGUAACAUCCCAAUCCCCUGGCAAGAGGAGAUGAUUGAGACUGGUGUGUUUGGAGAGCUGAAUAUCUGGGGAGAGAGCGGCAAGCUGCCCAAUGAUCUAGAUCCAAACUAUGUGGAAGCCAAGGGUGGAGGAUGUGUGCUGCUUUAACUUAAGAGUAACAGAUAUCAACAGAGCAGAGAAAGGGAUCUAAAUUGAAACUCAAUAAAUGUAAUAUAUGCUCAUUUGGUGCCACUUACGAUAAAAGAAAUAAAAUCUCAUGAGUUGGGAACUCGCAUUUGUUACCUCUCCAGGACCUUUUCUGGUAGAAACACUGCCUUCUCCUGGAUCAGUUGUCGUCAUGGGAACCAAAGCCUGGUCUCAAUGGAGCAGACACUCAUUUCUGAGGCUUUGGUUAAAGUUAAGCUUAAGAAAACUGGUUAUGGUUAAGGUUAGGGAUAAAGUUUUGCUUAGACUGUCUAAAUGAAUGGAUGUCAAUGCCAUGUCCUUAGAAUAGCUGUGCAAAUCUGUGUGUGUGUGUGUGUGUGUGUGCAUUUGAUAAAUUAGCCUAACCUUUAGCACAGGCGUGAUCACCAUCGGCAUGAUCACUCAAUCAUGACUGGACCAAUUUAGUAAGACGUGUAUUAUAUCUAUAUAUAUAUACAUAUAUAUAUACAUAUAUUACAUAAACACAUAUAUAUAUAUAAAAUGUAUAUACCUCAAUAGUGUAUAUAUAUAUGUAUACAUAUGUAUGUAUAUGUAUAUAUACAUACAUAUACAUAUUAACUGUAUAUACCUCAAUAGUCAAAUGCAUUUGUUAAUUUGUAAAUAAAUGGUUGUUAUUUAUUUAUGUAGAUUAUUACUGUAAAAGUGGCAGCAUGCUGAAAAAUAUUGUUUAAAUAUUAUAUAAUAAUGUAAAUAUGUCUUUAGGCAUCUGCUGCUGUAAUUCUCCUGUAUGUCAUUAUUUAAGUACAUUUAUUUUGUAUAGAAAAAAUGUUUAUCUGAUAUUGGAAGCAAUGAAAUGUGUAAAGUUGUUAAAGUUUGAUGAUUUCAAAUUGUAACAAACAAUCUUUAAGUUAUUACUAGACAUUAGAUGAGUUAAAAGCAAUUAAUAAACCCUUGCAAGGCA